GGGGCCUGCUUCCGCUAGCGGUGGUUCCUGAGGGCAGGGGUGUGACCACAGAGAGGGUUUUAAAAGUGAAAUCAGAGGCAGGCCCUCCGGGGUUCCGAACUCAGACUGCUUACGGUGGCUUCAGCCUCUGCCUGCCCUCCAGGCUAGUUUGCUCAGGCUGGCCCUCCCGCGCCCGGCCUCCUGCCUCCCUGCCCUGGGACCAGGUUUCUCUGUGCUCUGUUGCCGUUGGGAGCAGAGAGUUCUUUGCGGCGUGCGUUCUGUGCAUUGUAGGAUGGGUAACGGCAUCCCAGGCGUCUACUGCACUAGAUGCCCGUGCCACCCCGCUCCCCAGCUGUGAUAACCAAAUCUGUCUCCAGACGUUCCCAAAUGACCCGCGGUGGAGCAAAGUCGCCUGCGUUGAGAACCACCGCCUGAGAACAAGUUCAGAGCCUUGUUUCCUUGUCGCAUGGCUGGCCUCCUGUUUUCCUUCAGCCCUCAACUGGAGUGGUGACUCCUUCUUGUACGUGGUCCCCACAAUGCUGAGCUCCAUGGUGGCAGUGUUCUUGUGUCUCUUGUUCCUCACCAUGCCCUCCAGCACCUACACCAGUGUGGGACAUUACACCGGAGUGGAGCGGAAGAGUGUUCUCCAGAAACGGCCUCCACCAUGGCUUCAGAAAUUGGGACCCAGGGCUGUCAUAAUUCAGUUCAUCUGAGACCGUUUCUUCUUCUUCUUCCACCCUUAACUCCAGCUGAAAUCAGGAUGGAGCAAUUACCUAGGAAGUGGGCUUGCUGGUCGGUCAUCUGGGGACCAUCUAGAAGCUGCGGGUCACGUGUGUAUUCUGAAAGAUGCCUUGGACUUUGAAAGCCCAUCCGAAAUCUCCAGCUUCAUCAAGGCUGAGAGCUUGGAGGCAGCUAUGGCUCUUCAUCUAUACAGAGGGGGUAGACUUUUGCCAGGUCAUGGAAUUCCUUUUGGAAUCAUCUUCGGUGGAACUGAUUUAAAUGAAGACGUUAAGCAGGGAGAAAAAAACAAAGUGAUGGGGAAAGUCCUAGAAGAAGCCAGAUUCGCUGUCGCUUUCACGGAGUCAAUGAGGGAAACGGCACAGAGGCAGUGGCCACAUGCUAAGGAUAAGAUCUAUGUCCAGAGUCAAGGAAUUGCAACAGUGCUGAACGCCACCUUUAACUGGAACACCUUCCUUCAGCGUUCAGAGAUUAACCAAAGUGCUGACAAUCUACACGUGUUUCUCCUGAUCUGUGGACUCCGACAAGUGAAAGACCCUCUCUAUUUGGUGGAUGCAUUCUCAGAAUGGCAUCAAGAGGAGCCCAACGUUUAUAUGGUCAUUGUCGGUCCCGAAGUUGAUCCAGUGUUCACAAGGGAAGUAAAAGCCAAAGUAAAGAGGACCGCUGGGGUACGAUUGGUCGGGGAGAUGGCUCGGGAAGACCUCCACGCGGUCAUGAAGAAUUGCUUCGCGGUGGUGAAUAGCUCUGUCUCUGAAGGCAUGUCAGCCGCAAUCCUGGAGGCAAUGGAUUUGGAGGUCCCCGUGUUGGCAAGGAACAUCCCUGGGAACGCGGCAGUGGUGAAGCACGAAGUUACGGGAUUGCUGUUCUCCGACCCUCAGGAGUUUGUUCGGCUGGCAAAGAGACUGGGGGGCGAUCCGGCGUUAGAAAAACAAAUCGUGGCCAACGGAAGGGAGUAUGUGAGAAUGUAUCAUUCGUGGCAGGUGGAGAGAAACACCUAUGGGCGCCUGGUCAGGAUGCUGGAGGGAAGCACUGAGGACUAAGGGCGUGCCUGGUGCCGUGAGCUGCUCAGCCCUGGGCAGGCAGCCAGGGACAGGGCUCUGGGCAGAGGGGCCAUCCGGUCGAAAUCAGGCCGGGUUCGUGGGAACCGUAGAUUUAUUUGCCCUAAGACGAUUCACCCAGAACCUCUCUGUGCUCCCAGGUAGCAGCCCAGACGCGUUUCCUGAUCAGUCCCCGUGGAGAUGCAGUACUAAUUGAGGCAGGGUAACUGGUUUUAAGGGGCAUCAGGGAGAGAGUUUGAGUAGCUGCUUUAGGACUUCUAGGGACAGUAGGGGCUUAUUUGUAAGCCGUCACAGGGAAGGGUAGGCCCCUCUCCCCUGUCUUCUGAUGGCCUGUAACCCGUCACUGUCUGUUCAAAGAGCAAAAGCAAAACUCAGAUGUGUUGGCUGAGAGGGG